AACCUGAAAACUGGCCUGGGCAGGAAGGGGGGGAAAGUGUCCGGACUGGAAGGGGGGAAAGUGUCCGGACUGGAAGGGGGGGAAAGUGUCCGGACUAGAAGGGGGGGAAAGUGUCCGGACUGGAAGGGGGGGAAAGUGUCCGGACUGGAAGGGGGGGGAAAGUGUCCGGACUGGAAGGGGGGAAAGUGUCCGGACUGGAAGGGGGGAAAGUGUCCGGACUGGAAGGGGGUGAAAGUGUCCGGACUUGAAGUG